GCUCCCGGAUCUGCUCUCCUCUUCCUCCCUUGUCCGCCGGCUGCUCUUGCUUGUGGGUGUGAUUUUCGGUCUUUCUUGGUAAGAAGCAGCCGUGAAUUUAUCUCUUUAGCUUUGAUUUGGGCUUGGGUUUACCUUAAUUCCCUUUUGGUUCUUGAAUUUUCGGUAAUUUCCCCAGAAUUUCCCCUGCACUGCCGCCGGCUUCCCCCCCUGCUAGGCCCGGUUCUGCUAGCUGCAAAUUCUGUACGUGAAUUGAGUGCUCGGUUUUAUGCGAGUGAGGUAAGUAAAUUUACGGUAAUGCCCGUACUGUUUUUAAAAGCAUGUUUUGAUUUGUUUUUGAAGUGGUGGCGGGACUAAACCCGUUUUACACGAGCAUGACUGAUUUGAAGUGAAAUGUUUUAUGCUUUUCAUUAAAUUGAGCAUGCCUACUUGAAAUUUAAGUGAUUGUCCUGAUGAUUUGAAAGUGAUUGGUGAAUUAUGAUUGUUCUGUUAACUUCAGCCUGUUUUGUCUCCGAUGUGGUCAUGUUAUUAGUGACCCUGCUAGUGGGGGAGGUUAUAAACGUUAGCACAUGUCGACAUGUUAUUGAUAGAACCGGAAGUGAAACCGCGAAUGGGGAAAUCACGGGAAGUGACGAGUUAGAAGGCUAGCCAUAUUGUGAUUGGAUAUAGAUUUUAGAAAUAAAUCAUGAUCUUGUAU